AUCAGCACAGUAACAGUGUCCAUUAUGGGUGAUACUGAUGAAGAACACAAUUAUGACACCGACUCUACUGAAACAGAGUCUGAGCAGUUGAAUGACACUUCACAUUCAACUGAUGAAACACCUUCUCUCCAUGUAGACUUGGCUAGUUGGGCUACUGCUACAAACCAGACCCACAAGGCACUAAAUGAGCUUCUUUGUGUGCUCAGACGCCAUGGCCAUAGACUUCCCAAAGAUGCUAGAAGCCUUCUUGAUACUCCACAAGGAGUGCCAGUUCAUAAUAAAUGCAAUGGACAGUAUAUUUAUUAUGGUAUUGAGCGUUACCUUCUUGAACACAUUUCAAAAGAGACAAUGCCAGGACAAGUUGAAAUGUGCUUUAAUGUGGAUGGCGUGCCAUUGUUUAAAUCAAGUCAAAUGUGUUUCUGGCCCAUUCUUGGUCAAUUUCCGAACUGUCAGCCAUUUAUUGUAGCUCUGUAUUAUGGAUCCAGCAAGCCUGACCCUGUUGAGGAGUUUUUACAUGAUUUCUUAGAGGAGUUGCAACAACUCAUCCAAACUGGAGUUUCAUUCCAGAAUUUGGUUCACACCGUUACAGUGAAGGCGAUCAUCUGUGAUGCACAAGCCAGGUCAUUUCUAAAAUGUAUAAAAAGUCACAAUAGUCUUCAUGGAUGUGAGCGAUGUGUUGCAGUAGCACAAAUGAUCGAAAGGAGGGUAGUUUACUUGAUGAAGGGUACUUCUGAAGGAAGAACCGAUGAGGUAUUCAACCGAGCUGGAUACCCUGACCAUCAAAAACAAAUAUCACCUCUUGUUAGAGCUGGUAUUUUGUGUGUGAAACAGUUCCCCCUUGACUACAUGCACCUAGUAUGUCUUGGAGCCAUGAAAAGGCUGCUGACAUACUUGUGGCGUGGGCCAGUUAUCUGUCGACUGAGUAAGGCUCAGAGAGAACAGGUACAAAUGAACAUUAGUACGUUGAAACAAGCUUUGCCUGCAGAGUUUUCAAGGCAGCCAAGAAGCAUGGAAGACUUGGACAGGUGGAAAGCUACUGAGCUACGUCAGUUCAUGCUCUACACAGGACCCUUGAUCUUGAAAGAUGUGCUUUCUAAUGACCAGUACCACCACUUUCUUUGUCUGAGUGUUGGCAUGAGCAUUCUUUUGGAUGAAUCGGAUGAGAAGAGAGAGUCCUAUCUAGGAUAUGCACACAACAUUCUGGAGCAUUUUGUGGAUGGCUCUGUGGAUUUUUAUGGACCUACCUUUCCAACAUACAACAUUCAUUCCAUCAAACAUUUGUCAGACGAUGCUGCAAACUUCCACAGCUCCUUGAAUGAUAUUUCAUGUUUUCCGUUUGAGAACCACUUACAAGUUAUCAAAAAAUUGGUGAGAAGUGGCAAACAACCGCUAGUGCAAGUCACAAAAAGACUUGCUGAAAGACAAUGUACUGAAAGACAUGCCAGACGAUCUCAAAGUACAACAAAGCUAACAGCAAAGAUGCCUGACAACUGUGUGUUCCUUAUGGAUAAUGCAGUGGGAUUUAUUCAAGAGAAACGAAGCGAUGGAACACUAAGGAUGGAUGUGUUUAGGGAAACUGACUGUGACAGUCUCUUUGAAAAGCCAUGUAACUCAAAGCUCUUCAACAUUAUGCUUGUCAGCAGUGACUUGACAAUGGCAAAGCGAAUACUGAUAAACAGAGAAAGCAUCUACAAAAAGGCUGUGUGUCUUCCUUACAAACAAGGUUACGCUAUAUUGCCUCUGUUGCACAAACCAGAAUGACUAGACUUGGUAAUGGACAAUCGUGGCGAAGCAAAACGAACUAGAAAGAGGAAAAUCUUCACUGACUUUGUUAAUGACUUGGACCUUGAAAACGACAGUGACAUGACUGACAUUGAGUUAACCCAGCUUAGUCAAAGUCUUCUGCCAGUAAAAAAACGUAAAACAGAACCUAAUCCAAAAAUAAAUAAACAAGAUGUUAAAAGGACUGUGUCCUAUCCAGAUCCUCCUCCAAAAUAUAAACAUCCAAAUCCCAAGCCAGGUCAACACAAACCAAAUGAAGCUGUUGCAAAUUCUACAAACCAUAAAAAAAAAGAAG